GAUCGCUGGUAGAUGGCAGUCGAUGGUUCAAUUGUCAAUUCAAUUCACAAUAUUUGCAUUUGAUAACAACACUACGUUAUUGUACUCAGAAUCCUGUUUUUCACUUACUUAUAAAGAUGGCCGAGUUUUAUUGUGCUCAUUGUAAGAUCCAAAUGAACUCAACAUCUCAGUGGGAUGCCCAUGUAAUUGGUGGGAAGCAUAUGAGAGCUGUUACAAUGAAUCAGCCCCUAGCAGUUGACAUGUCAGCAGCAAUUGUCUUGCCCAAUGGAAAUUUUAAAUGUAAAAGCUGUGAUGAUUUCGAGUGUUCUGGUCACAUACCUUUUGAGCAGCAUUUGACAGGAAAAAAGCAUUUGAAAAACGUCCAGCGUGGCAAAGAGUCCACUCAGUUUAACACAGCUGUCAAGUCACCUUUAUAUGGGCAACGCCAACCAACUACUCUAGUUCACUCUCCACCAGCAAUGAAAAGUGGUUCCUUGCCAAUUGCAUUAGCCGAUGUGUCUUCAGCAUUGUUGCAACCUGAUGGAUCAUACAAAUGUAAAGUUUGUGUUGACUUUACUUGCUCAGGCCCUAUACCCAUGCAGGAUCAUUUGAAUGGAAAAAGUCAUUUAAAGAAUUUGAAAACUUUUCCUGGCAGAAAAUUCACGUUUGAGCAAAUGAACAUUUCUGCUCCUACGCCUAAAGUCAAUUACCGUCAGAGUUCGUUAACGGUCGACGAACGUAUUGAAAAAGCGUGGAACCACCAGACAAUUUGCGGCUACAACUACGAUGAGUUCUUUUCUAAUCUGUCUAUCGAGAAGAAGAUUGAAGAUUUAAAUCCACAUUUUGCGUUUAUCGGUAAAGAUGAUCCUAUGCCCAAUUUUGUCAAGUACUUGAGUAUGUGAUUAGUGUAAUUUCAAAAAAAAAAGCACAAUCGAUCCAUUUUAUAUGCUAUCUCUUUGUUGUUUACGCUUCGGCUGUUUCGCUGGACUAAGAGCACGUUGAAAGAAAACCAAGAAAAGCAAUUUUUGUAUAUGAACUAUAUUGGCCAACUUUGAAGAAUGAUAAUAAAACUGUUUGGAAAAAACAUUAGUCUUCUAAUUGGGCAGGAGUGAGGAAACAACAGAGUUUUUGUUCCAUCCAGGAAGCUUUCGGCUUUUCUUUGGAAAAAUGCCAGAGCUAAUUUGUUGCUUGCUCAGUAAAAAUGUGGUAACACUCUAGCAGCUUGGGGGAUGCAUAUCCGAUCGCUCGUGAAACAGCCAAUAACGCUAGAUUCAAGGCUAAA